CCUCGGUACGGUCAUACUAGCCAUAAAAAAAUUGUAAACAAAACAAAACUCCGUUCAAAAAUGCCCGGCCGGAGGAAGUGGCAGCCUUCGGAGGAGGACUGCUUCAUCGAGAUAUGGAAAAACAACUUGUACCUGUUCGACGGUCGUAGAAAAUUGGUGGAAAUUUAUGCCGAGCUGCGGAAACAUUUCCGGGAAGUGGGCAUCGAUAUAAACGGCCAAGUUAUCAAGAGCAAAAUGGAAUCUUUGAAGCGAAAGUAUUUCAAUUUGCUGCAUGCUGACCGACACGAUCAAUCGAGUUCCUGGGAGCACUUCGACACGAUGGCCACCAUAAUAUCAGCCACCUCCAAAGGAUUAGCCAAGGAUCCCGACUGGGACGACGUAAAUAGUCACCAUCGUCAAAAUAAAUCGAUUUAUAUGAACGAUGACGCGCAAUUUGAUUCUGACGGACCCUUUAGCUCUGUCUACGUGGAGGAGGGUCCCAAGUAUCUUUUCAAGAGUGAGGAGGGCAAACGCUCGAAGAAGAGCACAGCGGCCCAAAAAAAGAGACAAAGAGUCAGACAGACAUCUGCGAAGCAACGAAGAUUCUGGUACGCCGCUGAGGAAAUCACAUUUGUUAACGUGUGGGAGCAGUUCAACUCCGAGUUACUGAGUGAGCGCAAAAAGAUGGAUGUCUACAAGGACAUGGAACAAGAGCUCUGCGGUCUUGGUCUCUAUGUGACGCCAAAUGAUAUCAAGUCAAAGAUGGAAUCCCUGACCCGCACCUUUAGGGGUCAGCGCAAUGCUGUGGGUGAUAAGUCGGAGUGGAUUCACUAUGCCAAAUUGGGUCAGCUUUUGAGCCCCCUGGAGCCCAUUAGGUUCGAGCCUUUUCCCGAGACCAGCAACAGCUCUGAGGACGAUUUUCCCUGGCUCAGCGAGAUGCAGCCAAAAGUAGAGUUAAUCGACAAUCCUACAAACUCCAACGAUUCAGUUGUCCAUCAGUUUGAGGAUUGCACCCAGCCGUGUCCUUCCAGCCCUUCAAUUGAUAUUGAUUCUAGCAUGACAAGCUUUAAAGUAGAGAGAGUAGAGAAAGUGGAACCAGCAGAGAACUCAAACUGCGCAAGUGAUAGACAGACAUCAGCUGAAGAGUUUGGCCAAUUUGUGACCAAAGAGCUGGCCGUCCUGAAUGAUGAUUUGCUCAUCGAAGCAAAGCGCAGAAUCUACAAUAUUAUAUGCACAAUGCAAAUGAAACAAAAUGAUCUUAAUAAACUUAAGUAAUUGACCAAAA